UAUAAUCUGUGCAAUUUCAAAACUAUAAUAUAAUCUUCCGCGAAAUUUGCGUCUAAUAAAGUGGUUUGGCCAUCAGAUAUCUUCAACCUGUGCAGUGCACGAAUCUUCUGGUGUUGCACCACCGUACAGUGGGGAUCUCGUUGUUCGAUCAGAGAGAGUGAUGGCGGAAUUGGAUGCUGCUGAGCCAACAAAAACGAAAAACGGAGCAGGUUGAAAUGGCGGAGGAAGCGUGCCUUUGCCUUUUUACUUAUGAAGAGUUGUUCGUUAUCAAACUAAGCAAUUUAAAGAAACAAGAAGAUGAUGUCAAAGAUUGGACUUGUUUGCUUCCACCACCAAAGAUCGAGUUCUCUUUGCAACUUCCAGAGCCUGAUUUGUGUCCUUUCGAGUUCGACUCCAAGAUCUAUAUGGCGGUGUCCAGCUCACCGCCUCUAAAUCUCGGAAGGAAACCCGGCUGCUGGCGAAUCUACGAAUUCAAAUUUGAGGAGCGCAGAAUUGAGCUUGCGGAAUCACUGGAUGGUGUACCCGCCCCUCUUUUCCGGUCAUCCAUCGCAAACACCCCAGGCUCAGGCGAUGUUUACUUCUAUAUAAAUCCACUGGUCAUAGAUUCUGGAUUUUACGUUCUUUGCCCUGAUUCUAGGGUUUGGAAACAGUUAAACCCUCCUCCGGACUACUGCCAGUGCCCGCGAGAUACCUACUUUGCCAUGUUCGUCCUCCACAACACCGUCGUUCUUUCAUCGUUCACGGGGAGGGGGACAGACUCCUAUUUGGCCCACUUUGACCCCAUAAAAGAGACUUGGACGGUUGAGCCCGACUCUGAUAACAAUCUUUCGAAAUUCAUAAAUGCUAGGUACAAUCAUGGUCUUGAAACUGGCUCCUGUCGUGCUACUUAUCCCCCACAAAUUUCUGUGCCCCUUCUGGGUCUCGGCAGCAACUACACCGUUUGCCUUGCCCAUGAUAAGUAUGUGGAUGGACCUCCUCUUAACACACCUUUGGAGAAGGUGUUUGCCAUUUUGGUUAACCACCAGAAUGGCCGCGUCGCAUUAUAUCAAUACCUUGAUGUGUUUUUUGAGGGUUUCCAACCUUGGAUGACAGAUAGGGCCAGAGUCAAUCUUGUUGACCUUGGCAACGGGAAGGUGUGUGCAAUACUCUCUGAUGAACUAUUGGAUUCGGGAUCCGAAUCAUUGGCGUUCUGCUUCUCAGUUUUCACUCUGUCCCUGUUGGAGGACUUUGCAGCAUUACAACUUGACAGUGGGGCUCCUCCCAUGGAGCGAGAUUUCUUAAAAGUGACUGUCCAUAGGAAGUGUGUCUACAUCAUGAAGAACUGGAACCCUUCUAAUUAUAUGCGCCACGUCUUUGUUUGGCCACCUACCAAGGGUCGAAGAUUUUACCAUAGCACAGGGUAAUAUAGUAACUUUUCUUGUUAUUUCCUGUGGCUUUUUAUCGUCGUUUUUAAUAGGAUUAUGAAUGAACAAUGAAUUAAAUAUUAAUGUCUUUGAAGAUUAUGAUCUUACUUGAAUUGUG